UUCGCGUUCGCAGCGCGCUCACAAUGCUAAUCGAGUUGCCGCCGCGCAGGCCACUCGCGCUGCAGGUGUGCGCCGCCCUCGUUGCGGUGGGCUUGUGCGCGGCGUUCGUGUUCGCCGGCCGAGAGCCUGACAAGAUGACCCACUACCAUCAGAGCGCGGCAGACCAGCGACUUGAGGCAAUGCUGGUGAUGGCGCGCUCGGCACCAUCCAGCGGACAGAGCGACCGUACGCAGCGCCCGCCCCCACCGCCCUCGCCCCUGCCGCCGCCGCCGCCGCCACCAAAGCUGCCGCCACCGGCCACCCUUGCAGCCUCAGCCACAGAGUUUGAGUUUAUCGUCGAGGUGCCCAUGACAGCGGAGGUCCUGACGAUUGGGACGCAACAGGACAAAGCUCCCGCCCCUGCGCUCGCUGAACCCGCUGCCCAGACCCCGGGCGACGACGACGACGACGACGACGACGACGACGAGAAGGGAGAUGGAGGAGAGGAAGGAGAGGACGACGGGGAGGACGAGGACGAGGAGGAGGGGGAGGAGGGCUCGGGGCCGUUCGACACGGCCGAGGAGGAGACGGCUGAGGAGGAGCCGUUCAGCUGUGCAGAGAGCUGCGAGUACGCCGGCUACGGCUGCGGCGCCAGAGCCGGCGUCGACAGCGGCGCUUCGACCUUUUGCACCCGAUGCGAGCCGGUGGAGCGCUUCCGAUCGGGCGACAGCGCGAUCAACCCCGCCUGCACGGAGGCCAACAAGUACGACGUGGCGCUGGCGCGCGAAGCGCGCGAUGCGGCGGCGCGGGCGGUGUGUUGUUGAAUGUCUCGGCAGUUGUUCGCUCGAGUCCUCCAUCCAUCCACACACACACUUUCGUCGGGCGAGGUGCCUCUGGCAGAGGUCCACGCCUACGCUACGUGAUC